UUGCCGUGGAUAAUGUGACGUCAUCAAACUACGACAAGCCGAGCGGCUGACAUUUCAAUGACAAUUUGCCUGUAUUUUCUUUUUACUCCGUUUGAUAACUAGGGGCGUAGGGCCAUAAAACAGGGUAGCAUGCAAAGAACUAUAUACACGUUGUUAAAUGACUGGGCAAACACGGCGGUCCCAUUGAUUGCAAGGCGUAGCUCAAAAAGCAGAGAACGGCGAGAACUCGCUGAUUCAUGGGCGCACCUUGGGCCUUCCGAAGACGCAACGAUGCUCAUGGUUAACGUGAAGCUCUGUGCCUUCAUAAAUUUGAUUGCAGCGUUCCUAUGGAGCUCCCGUGAUUACAGUGUGAUCCCGACACCGCGUGACAGCACCGAGAAGGAGAUGCUUCACCGUAUUCUACGUGUUGACCAUGCAGGUGAAUAUGGUGCCAAUCGAAUCUACGCCGGCCAGAUGGCAGUAUUGGGCAGGUCUACUUCUGGAGCUCUCAUCCAGGAAAUGUGGGAUCAAGAAAAAAAACACCUAGAGAAAUUUAAUGAAAUACUUGCUGAGAGCAGAGUCCGGCCGACAGCACUACUACCACUUUGGAAUGUUGCUGGCUAUUUAUUAGGGGCAUCUACUGCAAUGUUGGGCAAGGAGGCGGCCAUGGCCUGCACUGUGGCAGUGGAGGAGAGUAUCUCUGAGCACUACAACAGCCAGAUGAGAACUCUGAUGGAGGAGGAUCCCGACAGAUAUACUGAACUACUAAAAGUUAUAAAAGAGUUCCGAGAUGAUGAGAUGGAGCAUCACGAUAUAGGAUUGGAACAUGAUGCUGAAUCAGUACCUGGAUUCUGGCUACUUAAAAAUGUCAUCCAGCUAGGGUGCAAAGCGGCAAUUUAUGCUUCUCAACGUGUAUAACUUUGUAUACAGUAUAUAUCAAAAAACAUUUAUAAAUAAAGUGCUUGUUUUAAUAUUCUGA